ACUGCGUUGUUGGCGCGCUGCCGACAAAAAAGUAAUGGCGGAGAGCAGGAAAGAAAUGGCUGACGAAGUACAGCAGGAAGACAACGAAGACACUGUGCUUUCCAUGGUGGAUGUCUUGCAAGAAAGCGAAGAGCUUGAAGAGGAAGCUACAGCGGUACUGGGUGACAGUGAUGAUAAAUAUUGCACAUAUCCAUUGGGCUACCGAGGCAGACAAGCUUUGUAUGCUUGUGCAACGUGUACAUCAGCAUCUACUGAGUCAGCAGGGGUUUGCCUGGCCUGCAGCUAUGAAUGCCAUGAGGGACAUCAGCUCUAUGAACUCUACACAAAAAGAAACUUCAGAUGUGACUGUGGAAACAGCAAGUUUGGAUCGAUGCAAUGUAAACUGAUUGAGCAGAAAGAUGCCACCAACCCGGACAACAAGUACAACCAGAAUUUCCGUGGUGUAUACUGCAUCUGUAACCGUCCAUACCCGGAUCCAGAGGAUGAGAUUGAAGAUGAGAUGAUCCAGUGCGUGGUGUGCGAAGACUGGUUCCAUGGCAGGCACCUAGGAGAUGUCCGUGUACCAGAAAGUAAUGAUUAUCAAGAGAUGGUGUGUGCCCAGUGUAUGCAGGGAGCCUGUGACUUCCUGUGGUACUACGCUAUCACUAGUAAAGAGGUUAAGAUAGAAAAAGACGAAUCCUGUUUGGAUGUAGAGGUGGAGAAUGUGGCCAAGAAUCAACCUGUGUCUGACAGCGGCAAUAAGGAGCACGCAGAAGGUCCUGCAACUAGUGAUACCGAACCUUAUGUUACAAGUGACCAAAAACCAGCCGCAUUGCAACCAGCUCCAGACCACCCAUCGACAGAUAAUGCCACGUCAACUGAUACAAAGAAUACCGUCCCACUUAACGAGGUCCCGCCAACCACUGAGAAUGUCAACCCAGAACAGUCUGAAUCAAUGACAGUGCAUCAGGACGGUAAAGACUUUGACGCAAUGCAAACCCAGGCCAUUGCUGCUGCUGCUACUGUGUCAGGUGGUGAGGCUUCCACCAGCGCAAGCACAGUCGCCGCAACAAGUCAUAACGGGCAGAGGCAACAGGAGCAUGUCGCUGGUGAUGUCUGUAGGCUGAGGGAACUUAAAGCCAGGGAGGUUGAAAAGAAAAGCCAUGCUACCUUCUGGCCCAGUGGUUGGAGAAGCAAGCUGUGUACAUGUCAGGAUUGUAAGAUGCUGUAUGAGAGCAGACAAGUUAGCUUCCUGAUGGAUGAGGCUGAUACUGUGUUAGCCUAUGAGCUACGAGGCAAGGUGAAGCAUGCUGGGACAUCACAGUACCAGAUGGGUAUGGAGGCACUGACUACAUUGAAUCGUGUGCAACAAGUGGAAGUCAUUCAUGAGUACAAUGAUCUGAAGGCAUCACUGAGGGACUAUCUGCAGAGUUUUGCCAACCAGGGCAAGGUGGUGAAGAGACAAGACAUUGAUGAGUUCUUCAGUGACAUGCAGUCUCGUAAGAGACAACGUGUUGGGGUUGGCAACCCUCAAUACUUCUGCAGAUGACAAGCUUUCUGACAGCACGCUUUGAAAUAUAACCAAAAGUUACGCGCAGGCCUGUUAUUUAUGCAGAAUGUAGCAGUUGAAGAAAUACAGUCUAAAUCCAAUACAGUAUUGUAAGAAGUUUGAAGCAUGACAGAAUGUUGAUUUUCUUUUGGAAUUCCAUAGUUCCAAACAGUUUUAGGAACAAUUUGGUUGUGGUAACAAUGCCAGACACAAUUUUGAACAAAGUUGCUCUGUAAAUAUUGGGAAUGGAUCGUAACAGAUUGAGAAUGUUGAAAGCAGACAGUAAUGCUGUGACUACAUAAUGUGAUUGUAUGUGGAUAGUAAAAUUUAAAAAUUUGAUUAUUGAGCCAGUAUUUUUGAUUUCCAUCCAGCUAGAGGAUUUUCUGAUGUUUUUGAAUGCCACUUGCUGUACCAAGAAAGUUACAGGGAUUUGAGGCAAUAUAUGCAUCUAACAUGCACACAGUUGAUUUAGAAAGCUGCUAGGUUAACCUCAAAUAAUGUCAUUCGUUUCAAGUCUGUGGGUACUCGGAAUUUAGACUAUGGUCUUACUCAUGGAUAGCAACAUAACCUUAAAACAUUGCAAUGGUUCUAUAGACCUCUCUCAUAGGACGCCAUCUUCGUAGGAAGAUUACAAAUGCGUGUUCGAUGCCAUCAGGUGUGUGUGCGUGCAGUUUGCAAAAUGUUCUAAACACGCGCGCAUGUUGCUUGAAAUUUCUUCGAAAUCCGGCAUAGCCGAUGCGCAUCACAACAACUUGACAAAAUGCUGAUGCACAUGGCAAUUGGUAAGAAGUGACGUCAUUUGAGAGAAACCUAUACAAGUGCAUGGAUUGUGCUCUUACCAGUUUGCACUUUGGCUGUCAAUUAUCAUAGUACAUGCAUUUGGUAACACAAGAUUCACAUGUCAAUUAUUUUUCUUUGAAAAAGUCAUACUGUACCCUUUAAAUUGAAAUUUGAAGACUCGUAUUUGUUGAAUUAUUUUGUCUCCUUAAAACACACAUAGCAUUUCAUCCUAGCUGUUCAUGAGCGCCACAGACGUAAUAGGGUAACAUUUCUUAUGCACUAGAGAACGUGAAAAAUCUAUUUAUGCUAGUGUGGAACUAUUUUAAGAUCUCCAAUUUUAAGAUCUCCCAUUUACACACCAAAUGUGGUCACUAUACUUGAAAAACAUUUUUAUCAGCAAAUCUUUGGGUGUGACUAGAAGGUUUCUAAUUGUCUGUUCAUCUUUAAAGAAACACACGAAAUAAAGGACAGUAAUUAGCAUGUUGUCACUUCGAUAUUUUUUUUUUAUUAAACUGAAAGCAUUUUCAAUACGUCCCAUUCUACAACAUGUGAACAUGUACAAACUGAAAUACUACCGACACCAACAUAAAUCGAAUUAUGAUUUCAGCUGACAACAAUUUCUGGCAUAAUUGUUACCUAAACUCAAACAUGAACAAAUCAAUGUUAACAAAAAAGAGAGAUGAUUUUAACAUUGAAAGACUUAAAAAAAAAAUAGCCAUUGUUUAUCAUUAAAUGAUUGUGUAUGUAAUUAAAAUGCAAGUUGUAUAUCAUGACAAAGUCAGCAAAUAAAGUAUAUCAAUUAAAAAUAUA